AUGAGUGGAGCUGUGCUUGUGGCUGUUGCUGCUGCUAUUGGUAAUUUAUUGCAAGGAUGGGACAACGCUACUAUCGCAGCGUCUGUUUUGUACAUAAAGAAGGAAUUCAAAUUAGAAAGUGAUCCCGCUGUGGAAGGGCUGAUAGUGGCCAUGUCACUUAUAGGGGCAACUUUGAUUACAACAUGCGCUGGAGCCAUAGCAGACUGGCUUGGCCGCCGUCCUGUGCUUAUAAUCUCUUCUGUCCUAUACUUCCUUAGUGGUAUUGUAAUGCUGUGGGCUCCCAAUGUUUAUAUCCUUCUCUUGGCAAGGCUUUUAGAUGGAUUUGGAAUUGGUUUGGUAGUUACCUUGGUUCCGCUUUAUAUAUCUGAGACAGCACCACCUGAAAUAAGGGGAUCGUUGAAUACCCUUCCCCAGUUCACUGGCUCAGGGGGAAUGUUUUUGUCAUAUUGCAUGGUUUUUGGGAUGUCAUUAACAAAGUCACCAAGCUGGAGGUUGAUGCUUGGGAUUCUUUCUAUUCCUUCUCUUGUUUAUUUUGCAUUGACUGUAUUUUUCUUGCCUGAGUCUCCACGAUGGCUUGUAAGUAAGGGGCGGAUGCUUGAGGCCAAGCACGUUUUACAGAGGCUGCGUGGCAGAGAAGAUGUCUCUGGUGAGAUGGCUUUACUUGUUGAGGGUCUUGGAGUUGGGGGUGAAACAUCUUUUGAGGAGUACAUAAUUGGCCCAGCCGAUGACAUUGCUGAUGACCAUGAUUUAUCUGCUGAAAAGGAUAAAAUCAAAUUAUAUGGGCCUGAACGAGGUCAAUCCUGGGUUGCCAGACCUGUGACUGAUCAAAGCACUAUUGGACUUGUGUCUCGGCAUGCAAGCAUGGUAAACCAAAGUGGGCUUGUUGAUCCUCUCGUCUCUCUCUUUGGCAGUGUACAUGAGAAGCUCCCUGAUACAGGAAGCAUGCGAAGUAUGCUUUUCCCACACUUUGGCAGCAUGUUCAGCGUGGGAGGGAAUCAGGCUAGACAAGAAGAGUGGGAUGAGGAGAGCCUCGCCAGAGAAGGAGAUGAUUACGCAUCUGAUGCAGUUGGUGGUGAUUCUGAUGACAAUUUGCACAGUCCAUUGAUAUCACGUCAGACAACGAGCCUUGAAAAGGACCUGGGCCCACCUCCCCAUGGGAGCCUUGCUAGCAUGAGAAACAACAGUCUCAUUGGUGGAGAAGGAGCUGGUAGCACCGGGAUUGGUGGUGGUUGGCAACUGGCAUGGAAAUGGUCAGAGAGAGAAGGCCAGGAUGGACAUAAGGAAGGAGGAUUCAAAAGAAUUUAUUUGCACCAGGAGGGUGUCCCUGCAUCUCGUCGUGGAUCUAUUGUUUCGGUUCCUGGUGGUGAUGCACCGACAGAUGGUGAGUUCAUCCAGGCUGCUGCUUUGGUGAGUCAACCUGCUCUUUAUUCCAAAGAGCUUAUGAAUCAGCAUCCAGUUGGACCAGCAAUGAUUCACCCAUCUGCAGCUGCUGCAAAAGGGCCAAUUUGGAGUGAUCUUUUUGAACCAGGAGUCAAGCAUGCUUUGGUUGUUGGGGUUGGAAUGCAGAUACUUCAGCAGUUCUCUGGUAUAAACGGGGUUCUCUACUACACUCCUCAAAUUCUCGAGCAGGCAGGUGUUGGAGUGCUUCUUUCAAACAUGGGCAUUAGUUCAGCUUCUGCAUCUCUGCUUAUCAGUGGAGUAACAACCUUGUUGAUGCUUCCUAGUAUAGCUGUUGCCAUGAGGCUCAUGGAUAUCUCUGGCAGAAGGAGUUUGCUGCUCACCACAAUCCCGGUCUUGAUAGCAUCUCUCGUCAUCCUAGUCCUUGGAAGUCUUGUGAAUAUGGGCAGUAUUGUGAAUGCAUCAGUUUCGACUGUUAGUGUUGUGCUCUACUUCUGUUUCUUUGUUAUGGGGUUUGGGCCAGUCCCCAACAUACUCUGCGCAGAAAUCUUCCCCACCCGAGUUCGAGGCCUCUGCAUUGCCAUAUGUGCCCUCACGUUUUGGAUUGGUGACAUCAUUGUCACCUACUCACUUCCUGUGAUGCUCAAAUCUGUUGGUCUUGGUGGCGUUUUUGGCAUGUACGGGGUUGUGUGCGUCAUAGCUUGGGUUUUUGUUUUCUUGAAAGUUCCGGAGACCAAAGGCAUGCCCCUUGAAGUGAUUAUCGAGUUCUUCUCCGUUGGUGCAAAGCAGGCUGCGGCUGCCAAGAACAAUUGA